UAUUCAAAUGACUAAUGAGCGCAUAGUCAUGGUACCUAAGAUUAGGUUUUUGCUUAUAGAUAAACCAGUGAAGCAUUUAUUAUGUUUCUAAUGUAUGUACUAAUUCAUUAUCCUGCUUCUCUGUUCCCACAUAUGCUGUCUUACUCUUUCUGGUUUGCCUGCAGACAAAAGAAGCAUUCAAAGAGUGAGAAGAGUAUUUCCAUGCGUUUGGUGUCACAGAGAGUGGUAAUCUUCUUGGGUAAAAGCCAUAGAAGUUUCUGCUACCUGGUUGGGCUGUACUUUGGAAUGCGGAUAAUUUAACCUUCCCGUAUUCAGUUCAAAGAGUUCGUAACGUGGUCAAGACUUUGCAGGUAAUAGACAUGGCAGCAUUGCUGAGAAUGAGAGGCAGCAGUGUUUACUCUAAACAUCAACAUAGUCUUUCCUUCUUGCUGAAUGAAUCCCUUUGCUGUGUUCAGCUCUUGAAAUUACGCUCAUUCUGUAGUUCUGUCAAAUUUGAUGAUCAUCAACACUACAAUAAUACUCCCAACUCUCCUAACCCAAAUACCCCUCAGUCAAACUUUUCUCCUCCUGAGCCUAUACCCAAUAGGCCAUUGAGAGAUGAGUCUAGAAGACCCCCGUUUAUUCCCCGGGGCCAACGGCAGGCAAGGAGGCCUUCUGCUAGUUUCAACCGAUUUGAUGGGCAAGAUAGAAAUCAGAGUCCACAGGCUAGUAGUGGCGAAGAUUUUCUCAAGAGAUUUCAGCUUGGAUUUGACCAUGAAAAAAGCGACCCAAAUCAUACCAAUCCUCUCAAAGGAGAGAGUACUGAGAGUUCUGCUGAGGAAUCACCACCUCCACUGCAAGAUGCAGAUGAGAUAUUUAAAAAAAUGAAAGAAACUGGGUUGAUUCCAAAUGCUGUAGCAAUGCUUGACGGGCUUUGCAAGGAUGGAUUGGUUCAAGAGGCAAUGAAGCUCUUUGGGAUUAUGCGUGAGAAGGGUACCCUUCCGGAAGUAGUUAUAUACACUGCUGUAGUCGAGGGGUUCUGCAAGGCUUAUAAUCAUGAUGAUGCUGUGAGAAUUUUCCGAAAAAUGCAAAGCAAUGGCAUUAUUCCUAAUGCUUUCACUUAUAGCAUCUUGAUCCAGGGGCUUUGCCAAGGAAAGAGAUUGGAGGACGCAUUUAUGUUCUGUCUGGAAAUGAUGGAGGCAGGACAUUCACCUAACUUAGCAACGUUCAUUGGUUUGGUUGAUGGGUAUUGUAAGGAGAAAACAUUGGAGGAUGCCCAAAACAUGAUUCAAACACUGAGGCAAAAAGGCUAUUACCUUGAUGAGAAAGCUGUUAGGGAGUACUUGAACAAGAAAGGACCAUUCUUACCAUUGGUUUGGGAGGCAACCCUAGGCAAGAAAGCUUCACCCAGGCAAUCUUUGUUUUAGUUAUUUUGAAUGCUUGGAAGAGUCUCAAUACUUUUCUUCCUCCACCCCAAUUUCCAUGUGUUCACACAUUUUGCCUAGUUGGACAGGUAUUGGCUGUUAGCAAUUAGCUAUAAGUCUAGAACAUGUAUGCAGCCACUUAAGUUCAAGAAUGUCACUGAACGAAUGUAGUUAAUGUGGUUGUAGUUAGUUAUGCUUGGAGUCUCAUCAGCCACUAAUAUCAUUAUUUCCAUUUUCCGAACUGAAUUGAAGGUCCUGGAGAAAGAUUAUAUGCAAACUAAGUAGUUGUUGCAAA